GCUCGUCCUAAAAAAAAGGAAAAGAUUAAUGAUUGGAUAAUGAAUAUUGCUAUAUUGUUGUCAUUUUGUUUCAGAUGCCAAAAACAGAAGCAGAGUGGAAAGUUAUUUCAAAAGAGUUCAAUGAUAAGUGGAAUUUCCCAAACUGUGUGGGGGCCUUUGAUGGGAAGCAUAUUGAGUUGCAAGCACCUAUCCAUAGUGGCACAGAAUAUUUCAACUACAAGGGGUUUUUCAGUAUAGUUCUAUUUGCGGUGGUAGAUGCGCACUACAACUUUAUCUACGCAAGUGUUGGUUGUCAAGGAAGAAUAUCAGACGGAGGUGUGUUUAGUCACACAACAUUCAGAGAUUGUCUGAGGAACAACACAAUGCAUCUUCCUCCUCCUACUCCUCUUCCUGGAAGAACAGAUAAAACACCGUAUGUUUUUGUGGCCGAUGAUGCUUUUCCUUUAUCGAAGCACAUCAUGAAACCAUAUCCAGGUAUUCAAAAAAAGGACUCUAAAGAAAGAGUGUUCAACUAUCGGUUAAGUAGAGCACGUAGAGUUUCUGAGAAUGCAUUCGGCAUAAUAUCCUCUGUGUACCGCAUACUACAAAGACCUAUGCUAUUAAAACCAGAAUGGGCUACGCUGGUGGUGUUGGCAGUACUUUAUCUGCACAACUACUUGAGGAAAAGUAAUUCCAAAUCAGUGUACAACCCCGUGGGAACAUUCGACUCUGAGUGCUCAACUACAGGUGAGAUCAAUCCAGGACAUUGGAGACAAUCCCCUUCAAAUCAAGCUUUGGUCAACUUUCCUCGAACUUCAAGAAGAAGCACUGAUGAGGCACAAGCCACUAGAAAAGAAUUUGCAGACUUCUUCGCUUCCCCGGCUGGAAAAUUAUCCUUUCAACAAGACAAAUAAUUAGCCCUAACUAUGUAAUAUGUGUUUGAUAUGAACGUAAAAUAUAAUUACUAAUACUUA